UUAAGGGGAUACUUUCGCCUUUGUACACAUUUACUGUAUUCUUUCUGUGUUAUGUACUUGUUUUGUGUAAUAAAGUGUUUACUACUACUACUACUAUGGAAUUGGCCUUUAUGUUAUGUUAUAAUUAUAUUGACUUUCAGUUCAGCGUGUCUAAUAUAAAAUUUGAAGCUUCUGGCAAGGAAAGGCUGAUGUUUACUGUGGACAAACAAACCUGCAACAGCUGGGCUGGAAGGAUCUUUCUGCUCAAAGGGAACUUCCAGUAUUCUAGCGAAGACUGUCUAGUAAAAAAGGGUUUUGCUGGGUUCAACGGAGUAGACUUAAACAAGCACUCAAAUGACUACCCUACCUGGGUCUCCACAGGGAGAUUCAUCGAACGCUUGGGCCUGGUCCACAAUGGGACCUCAGUCUUCUGCUUUGAGCUUUUGGUCUGGAUCCGUAAAGUCAAAUGAAAACAACAAACAGUUAAGGAUGACUCACGCUAGACUAGGCCGGGCCCGGGCCGGAGUGUCCGACACGUCAUUUUCUAUGACGUAUCGGACAUAGAAAACGAGGCGCCGGGAG